AUGUGUGCAGCCUUAGAUGUCAGCAUCGCUGGAUACCACGCUUGGACCAAGUGUACCCAAUAUCUUAGCAAUGUCCAAGCAGCGCAGCAUACCAGCAAACACGUAGGCGACAUCGCGCAAGCGGCUAGAGAGGAACACACCAAGGGACGCGGUGUUUACGGUGCAAAACGCCUGUACACAAGGCUUUGCCAACGUGGUUUUAGCUUGUCGCUAUCUGGGGUCAAGCGACUGCGCCGCAAGCUAGGCCUGGUGCAGCAUCACAAGAAGCGCUGGGUUUGCACCACCGAUAGCAAGCAUAAUCUGGCUGUUGCCCCCAAUUUACUGGAACAACGCUUUAAUACCUGCACAGCCCCCAACCAAGUGUGGGUGGCCGAUAUUACGUAUAUUGACACGGACGAGGGCUGGCUAUAUCUAGCCGGUGUUAAAGACCUCUACACCAAGAAACUGGUAGGCUGGGCGAUGGCACAGCAUAUGGAGGCGAGUUUAGUCGCGCAAGCCGUGCACAUGGCCAUCAAGAGAAACGCUCCUGGUACAGGCCUCAUUGCGCACAGCGACAGGGGAAGUCAAUAUGCCAGUGACAAAUACCGAAGAGUGCUUGCACAACACAGCAUGCGCCAGUCUAUGAGCAGGCGGGGCAAUUGUUAUGACAAUGCACCGAUGGAGAGUUUUUGGGCGAGUCUCAAAAAGGAGUGUGUGCAUGGCAAGCGUUACCAAACGCGCACCCAGGCUAGAGCUGAUAUCUUUGAUUACAUUGAAACCUUUUACAAUACAACGCGUCUGCAUAGUGCGCUGGCUAUGUCGCCACUCGAGUUUGAAGCUCAGUACUGGAGCGGGUUUGCAAAGCAUACAGAGCAAGCCAGAACUGACCCCAGGGGACAGGCGUGGGGAAGGCCUUCCCCCUGCACCCCCUUCUUUAUUUAA